ACCAGGGAAGCUGACACUGCCCAGCUCAGAGGCAGCCAGGCUUGAGGCCAGCGAGGCGCCUGCCCACCCACCCACACCAGCACCCCACCCUGCACCUGGGGUGCCAGCCAGCAUGGCCCAGGCCCCGGCCCCGGGCUUGCUCGUGGACGCAGGCGAGGACAGGAGGCCUCAGUGGGACAACAAGUUCCAGUACCUUCUGAGCUGCUUGGGCUUCGCCGUGGGGCUGGGAAACAUCUGGAGGUUCCCAUACCUGUGCCAGACCUACGGGGGAGGUGCCUUCCUCAUCCCCUACAUCAUCGCCCUGGUCUUUGAGGGGAUCCCGCUCUUCCACAUAGAGCUCGCCAUUGGCCAGCGCCUGCGGAGGGGCAGCUUUGGGGUGUGGACAGCCAUCUCCCCCUACCUGGGAGGAAUAGGCCUGGGCUGCUUCACCGUGUCCUUCCUGGUUAGUCUGUACUACAACACUGUGCUCACGUGGGUGCUGUGGUACCUCCUCAACUCCUUCCAGCAGCCGCUGCCCUGGGGCGCCUGCCCGCCCAACCUCAACAGGACAGGGCUGGAGCAGGAGUGUCGGGACAGCAGCGCGGUGAGCUACUUCUGGUACCGGCAGCGGGACAGCAGCGCGGUGAGCUACUUCUGGUACCGGCAGACCCUGAACGUCACAGCCGACAUCUCGGACAGCGGCACCGUGCAGUGGCGGCUGCUGCUGUGCCAGGCUGCCAGCUGGGCGGUCGUGUACCUGUGCGUCAGCAGAGGCAUCGAGACCACGGGCAAGGCAAUCUACUUCACCGCCUUGUUCCCGUACCUGGUCCUGACCAUCUUCCUUGUCAGAGGCCUGACCCUGCCUGGUGCGACGGAGGGCUUGGCUUACCUUUUCACCCCUAAUGUGCAAAUUCUCCUGAACCCCCGGGUGUGGCUGGAUGCAGCCACACAGAUUUUCUUCUCUCUGUCCCUGGCCUUUGGAGGACACAUCGCGUUCGCAAGCUACAACCCGCCCAGGAACAACUGCAGGCGGGAUGCCGUGACCAUCGCCCUGGUCAACAGCGCGACCUCCCUGUAUGCGUCCAUCACCGUCUUUUCCAUCAUGGGCUUCAAGGCGACCAGUGACCACGGGCAGUGCCUGGACCGGAACAUCCUCAGCCUCAUCAAUGAGUUCAGCCUCCCGGAGCAGAGCAUCUCCAGGAACAGCUACCAGGCCGCGCUGCUGCAUCUCAAUGCCACCCAGCCAGGGAGGGUGGCCCGGCUGCCCCUGCAGGCCUGCAGCCUUGAGGACUUCCUGGACCAGGGAGCCUCAGGCCCCGGCCUGGCCUUCAUCAUCUUCACCGAGGCUGUGCUGCAUAUGCCGGGGGCCCCUGCAUGGGCCCUGCUCUUCUUCGGGAUGCUCUUCACCCUGGGGCUGUCCUCCAUGUUCGGGAACAUGGAGGGGGUCGUCACGCCGCUCCUGGACAUGGGGGCCUUGCCCCGGUGGGUCCCCAAAGAGGUCCUGACUGGGCUGGCCUGCCUGGUCUGCUUCCUCUCGGCCACCUGCUUCACACUGCAGUCUGGAAGCUACUGGCUCGAAGUCUUUGACAACUUCGCAGCCUCCCUGAACCUGGUCGCCUUCGCCCUCCUGGAGGUGGUUGGAGUCAUUUAUGUGUAUGGCAUGAAACGGUUCUGUGCCGAUGUUGAGUGGAUGACCGGGCGGUGGCCCAGCCUCUACUGGCGGGUGUCAUGGCGGGUAGUGAGCCCCCUGCUGCUGCUGGGCAUCCUCCUGUCCUACGUCAUCCUGCUGGCCCACAGGUCACCCAGCUACAAGGCCUGGAACCCCCAAUAUGAGCUGUUCCCAUCUCGGGAGGAGAAGCUCUACCCCAGCUGGGUGCUGGCUAUCUGCAUGCUCCUAUCCUUUCUGCCUCUGCUGUGGGUCCCAGCGUCUGCCCUGGCCCAGCUGCUGGCCCAGCACAGGCCGAGGCAGGAGGACACAUAGUCGGACACUGGCCUGAAGCUGCAGGAAUGGCAGUGGCUACUGAGGGGUCUGGGGCAGGGGCAGCCAACGUGGGGACGAGGAACCUCUGGCCCUGCAGCCACUCAGACCCUCCCCAUUACACACUCUGCACUGAAUGAAGCCAUGUGGUUGGUGCUCCCCAGCCGUGUCUGGGGUCAAGGGUGCCCCCAAGUGGGAGACAGAGAUGGCCUGGGAACUCCAGAUCUGGGCCACAACAGCACUUGGCCCAGGCCCGCCGGUCCCCUGGGCACAGCUGUGUGGCUGUUUGCCAGCCCAUGAAUCCACGCUGACUGGGGCAGUAUUAAGUGGUCCCACCUGGCAACAAGGCAGGGAUAUGCCACUGCCUGCGGGAGCGUCUGUGUGGCAACUGCAGGGACCCUGGCCCAGGGUGGCCCUCAAGAACAAGCUGGGCUUGGAGGGGACCCGGCCAGCAGAAAGUGCCCAUCCUUCCCAGCAAGUGGGAUGAUCCGGGGGGCAGCAGAGGGCCCAGAUGUCCCCAAAGGUCACCAGGGGCCACAGGCCGAUGACCUGUUGCUGUUUCUGAGACACAUGGAACACUGCUGCUUCUAUUCCCAAAGUGGCUAACUCUGG